UUUCCUGUCUCAAGUGAAACAUCCAGUUGAGGCUUCCACUGCAACCUGUAGCUGAUUACUGUCUAACGGACAAGUGGCUUGUCAGCAAUGGCCACUGUUACGUCCCGUCUGCAAUGAGCAUGAGCAGAAAGAACGCCACUCCAUUCGUCUGAAGCAGGUUACUAGAGAUUGAACCUGGACAACUGUUUCAAGUUUGAUACACUCCUCAGAAGUAUAAAGCUGUAUCACAAGUAUUCUUGUCAGCCACUGUCCUUCACAACCAGAAAGCCAUCAUGUGUGAUGAACAAGGUUUGAACUUAGAAGAAAUUUUGCAUUCUCUUCUGAUGGAAUGUAUGAAUGCUGGACCUGAUUUGUAUAGUGAGACAUAUUUAACAUCUUAUGAUGAAAAUCAGGCCACUGGUGUCAGAGUUGAGGAUUUCACAUAUGCAGAGGAUGAAGAUUACCUGGAGUCAAUAUUUUCAGCACUAAAGGAUGACCAAGAGAAUGGUGGACCUAGUUUAUGUAGCGAGACAUGUCUGACAUCUCCUCAUGAUGGAAAUAAGGCCAAUGAUGUCAAAGUUCAGGAGCUAACAGAUUCACAAAAUGAAAAUGGUCCUGAGCCAAUACUUUCAGCAGCAAAAGUUGACCAAGAGUGGACUCUGAAUGAACGUCAACUUGCACAUGGUGAGGAUCAUCCAUAUUCCUGUGAUGUGUGUAACAAGUCAUUCAGCGUGAAAGGUCAUCUGGAGACGCAUCAGUGCAUACAUGGUGGGAAUCGUCCAUUUCUCUGUGAUGUGUGUGAUAAGUCAUUCAGCUGGAAGAGUGAUCUGAAGACACAUCAGCGCAUACAUAGAGGGGAGUGUCCAUAUCUUUGUGAUGUGUGUAAUAAGUCGUUCAGUCGGAACAGUAAUCUGAAGAGACAUCAACAUAUACAUAGUGGGGAGCGCCCAUUUCUCUGCAAUGUGUGUGACAAAUCAUUCAGUUGGAAGAAUGAUCUGAAGACACAUCAGCGCACACAUAGUGCAGGCUGCCCAAAUCUCUGCAAUGUGUGUGAUAUGUCGUUCAUUUGGAAGAGCGAUCUGGAAAAACAUAAACGCACACAUAGUGGGGAGCGUCCAUAUCUCUGCUACACAUGUAAUAAGUCAUUCAGUAGGGACAGUAAUCUGAAGAGACAUCAACGGAUACACAGUGGGGAGCGUCCAUAUCUGAAGGCACAUCAGCACAUACAUAGUGGGGAGCACCAAUAUCUGUGUGAUGUUUGUAAUAGGUCAUUCAGCACGAAGGGUAUUCUAAAGAUACAUCAAAGCACACAUCAUGGGCAGCGUCCGUAUCUUUGUGAUGUGUGUGAAAAGUCAUUCAGUAGGAAGAGUUGUCUGAAAUUGCAUCAACACACACACAAUGGGAAGCAGCCAUAUCUCUGUGAUGUCUGUAGUAAGUCAUUCAGCAUGAACAGUCAUCUGAAGAGACAUCAGCGCGUGCAUGGAGGGGAGCGCCCGUACCUCUGUGAUGUGUGUGAUAAGUCGUUCAGCUGGAAGAGUGAACUGAAGACACAUCAACACAUACAUAGCGGGGAACGUCCAUAUCUGUGUGAAGUUUGUAGUAAGUCAUUCAGUAUGAAGAGUAUUCUGAACGCGCAUCAACGCACACAUAUUAGGGAUCGCCCAUAUCUCUGUGAUAUGUGCCAUGUGUCAUUCAGUAGGAGGAGUCAUCUGAAGUCGCAUCAACGUGCGCAUAGUGGGGAGCGUCCAUAUCCCUGUGAUGUGUGUGAUAAGUCAUUUAGUAGGAACAGUCAUCUUAAGACACAUCAGCGCACACACAGUGGAGAGCGUCCAUAUCUCUGUGAUGUGUGCAAUAAGUCAUUUAGUAGGAACAGUCAUCUGAAGACACAUCAGCUCAUACACAGUGGAGAACGUCCAUAUCUGUGUGAUGUGUGUAGUAAGUCAUUCACUAGGAAGAGUUAUCUGAAGACACAUCAGCAUGUACAUUGUAAAGUGUGAUAGUCUUUUGAUGUUUGUAAUUAGUUAUUCAUUUGUCAGAGCAAUCUCCAGCAUUAUCAGUGCAUACAGAGUGCAGUGUACCUAUGGUCCCCUUUAUGCGUACAGUACGUUGGACGAAUUUUAAAUACAAGAUGAACUACACUUUUUAUAAUGCUGUUUAUAUUGGUAUAUUGUAUAAAAGACUUAAAAUUUGAUUUUUGUAUAUAUAUUUUUAAGGAAUGAGUGUAGUAAGGUAUUAAUGUUUAGUUGAUGAAUUGUACAUCUUGGUUAAAUUAUUGAAUUGUAUAAUUAUUGUUCCUUCUAUGAAUGUGGCUGUAAGAGCACUAGUUUCUCUUCUCAGAACCAAUAUACAGGGUGUUUCACGACUUUAGGGCAUAACUGCAGGA